AUGAAGUUCUUGACUCUGGUUCUUUUGGUGGCGGCGGUAAACGCCAAACAUGAAAUAUAUAUAGGAUGGAAAUCCUACAUUGUCAAACCAGAUUCCUAUGAACAAUUGGAAAAGCUGGGCAGCAAGAUCCCAGAACUUGAGCUGGACUUCGUCAGUAAUGCAGCGUUGAACAGGGAAGGGGUUGUGCUUGUUAAGCCACAAUAUCAAGCUGAUUUCCUGGAUUUCCUGACCAAGGAAAAAAUAUCGCAUAGAAUACACGUCGAAGAUCUUAAAGCCCAAUUUGACCUAGAAGAUAAGGAAAUUGAGGAACAAGAUCGACGAACUCGUUCUGCAAACGGAGCCAGGAUUCCUUACGAUAACUACCAGACAUUAGAAGUGAUAUAUGAGUACAUAGACAGAAUCGCUGCGCAGUACCCUGAAACUGUAACAUUGGUCGAAAAUUGGAGAUCAUUCGAAGGCCGCCCCCUCAAAUACUUAAAGAUUUCUAGGGACAAUUUCCAAAGUAAUAAGCCUAUAGUUUUUAUUGACGGUGGAAUGCACGCAAGAGAAUGGAUUUCUCCGCCCGCCGUUACCUAUGCCAUCCACAAACUCGUUGAAAACGUAACCGAGCCUGAUCUUCUUGAUAAAUACGAUUGGAUACUCUACCCAGUCGCCAAUCCUGAUGGAUAUGCUUUUACUCAUACCAAUACAAGAAUGUGGCGCAAAACUCGAUCCACUGAUCAGAGCGUGGCAAGUCGUCUGUGUCCAGGUGCCGAUGGUAAUCGUAAUUUUAAUUUCGCUUGGAACACAGUUGGUACGAGCAACAACCGUUGCAGUGACAUCUAUGCCGGAAGCAGAGCAUUCUCCGAAGUCGAAGUCAGAGCUGUUGACGCAAUCAUGCAAGAAUACCGCGACAGGAUCGAUAUCUACAUUACGAUGCAUAGCUUCGGUAGCAUGAUAUUAUAUCCUUGGGGACAUGACGGUACCCUAUCUGAGAACGCCUUUGCACUUCAACGUGUUGGUAUCGCCAUGGCUGUAGCAAUUGACGAAUUAUCCCUUCCACAUUUUCCUAACUACGUGGUUGGUAAUUCGGUCUUAGUUAUUGGGUACGCCGCAUCAGGUGCCGCUGAAGAUUACGCCCACUCUAUAGGAAUCCCUCUGACUUAUACUUAUGAGCUCCCUGGUAUUAGUGGACAGGGAUUCCAUUUGAACCCUAGAUACAUACACCAGGUCGUUAGAGAAACCUGGGCAGGCCUCGUUGCUGGAGCUAGAGCGGCGUGAGAUUUGAAUGUAAGAUAACCAUGAAAUGUUGUACUUAAAAUUUGAUUAAAAUAAAAAGUUUGUGUCAAA